AGGAUUCCUUGCUGCACUGUGUGCUCCUCUGCGGUUGUUUCAAACAUGGAGGAGAGGGAAAGAACUAAUAUUAAACCAGACCUUAAAGAAACGGCAGCUGCAACCUGCUCGAGUGCGCCAACAGUACCGGAGCAUGAACCGGAGACAGAGCGUGAAGCUGGGGACACUGACGCGGCUAAAAUAGAUGUCUGCUCGGAAAGCUUCGACCCGCUCUUGGCCUUGUACUCGCCGACUGUACCGCUUCCUUUCCCAAAUAUCAAGUGCUUCAACAAUGUGUCAGAGUACGAGAGCUUUCUGAAGGGCGGCCGGGGAAGAGCCAAGCCGGAGAAUGUGGAGAAAAAGCGGCAGAAGGCGAUGAAAGGGGUGGCGGACCCGGAGCGCAUAGAAAGGCUGAAGAAGCUCAUGGUGAACAACCCGGUGCCAACGGAGGAGGAGGGGGAGAGCAGCCGCACCCCGCAGAGAAAGAGGCAGAAGCCACAGAAAAAUGUCUUGUCAAGGAUGCCCUUAUGUAAAGGCAGUCCACUGGGGGAGCUGUACCGAUGUGUUGAGGAGAGGAUAAGGGUCAAAGUUCACAUCAGGACCUUUAAGGGACUGAGGGGAGUGUGCUCCGGCUUUGUGGUUGCCUUUGACAAGUUUUGGAACAUGGCAAUGGUUGACGUAGAUGAGACAUACAGGGAGCCUCUGCUUGGAGAAGCAUUCUACCAUGAGAAGGCCCUCACUAUUUCACGGCUCUUCGAGAAGCUGAAGCUCCAGGAGAGCUCAGCGGGUGACGAGCCAGCAAAGCGCGAAGCCGGAGAAACAGCCAGCAAACAGCAGCCUGCAAACCCAAAAGACCUGUCUGCUCACCAUACUUGCAAGGGAGGGCACAGCAGGACAAAGUCCAAGCUGUCAGACACGGUUAAAACAAAACACGAUAAACACACAGUCUCGCUGAAGGCCCCGGGUCCAGAGGGCUGUCAGAAGAAAGACUCCCAGAUGUAUGGCAAGGUCCAUACACGCCACAUCAACCAGCUUUUCAUCCGGGGUGAGAACGUCAUCCUGGUGAACCCACAGCCACUCUGAUUUUUGUUUUCUGGUCGAUAAAAGAAAGGUGUGCUAUGACCACAAUCAGUUACAUUUAAGUAUAGUUUUACGCUUAACAUCUGAUAGGUGUGAAAUACUGUAGAUGAACUGCCAGACAGACAUGAUUUAAUUAGAUUCAGAAGAAUCAAACAAGGACUAUUGUUAUAUCAUAUUGAUAUGGAGGUCUUUCUCUGCCCACCAGAGAAAUGAUCUUAAUUUUGAGG